GGUUGCAGUUGCGUUCAGUAACGCUGUUUAUUUUCUACUCGAGUUAGAAACAGUUAGUUUACAAUGAGUAUAUCUCUGACAUUAGGCGCAGUGGACGAUACAUAAAGUAAUAUACUGAUGUGAUACCGAAGUGAAGUAGAAAGUCAUUGGCAAUGAUGAUUCAUCCCAAGUUAUAAUGAAUAUUAUCAGAAGUGAAUCAAUAAACUGUGAGGAAGAGGAAGAAGAAAAUGAUGCGAAGAAAUAUCAUUGAGCCAGUGCAGUGGAAUUUUUUUAGAUAAUUUCUCUUCGUGCCCUGAAGAACAGACGAAUUAUUUCACUAUGAUAGUAUUCGUGAAUUACCAAAUAACUGCUCCAUCUGCUUACCUCUCCGAAAACUCAAUCACACAUUCAAUCAUGCGAUAAACUAAAUUGCGAAAUUAAGGCCUUUCUGCAUUUGAGCUCAAGGAAAACGGGAAUCUUUCACUUUUUAUUAUUUGCGAAAAAGAUGAAUUCCUCCCCAAGAUAAGAUAUUUUUUCUACUGCAUGAACAUGUGAUACUCAGAAUUCUAUUAUCUGUCCGAAAUAGACGACCCUUCAAAACGAUAAUGACCCCGACUGGUGAUGUCCAAGUAAACCAUAAACGUGAAAAUUUGACGGCCGUUUUGUGAAGGCCUUACGUGACGUCGAGAGCUAAAUGGUUCCGGUGUGUGUCGACAAUGCAGAGAAACAAUUUGCUAUAGAAAUUCUAGUACGAGUGCGGGACAAAAUGACAAUUUUUCGGUUGAGCAAAAUCUAGUACUGUUACGAUAAAAUUUCCCCAAAUUUGAGAAAAAUUCCCAUUUUUUUUCUUGGGAGUAGAUGGCCCCUUCGACCGUAAAAAGUUUUAUCCCUGCCAUGAACGUUGAGGAAGAAGUUAACUAGAGGAACAAGAGAAACCAGAAGAUUUGGGAAAAAAAACAGAGGGGUGAGCGAACGAAAAAAAAAAUUGAGACACCCUGAUGCGAUGUAUGAUUCAGUUCCGCAAUUAGUCUCACUUCUUCGAUCAUUCCACAUUUUCUGAAGCUAUGGAAUUAUUGCUUUAGGAUCAAAGAUAACUUCAAAGGCUGAAUAGUGAAAUGAGUUCUAUGAAAUUCUUCUUCGGCUUAAAUUUUUACUUUAUUCGUCGAAAUAGUGCUGUUCUUCAUGUUGCCAAGUAAUCUCAUAAGUGACACACAAUGGGCUAGCGGAAAUACUCCAUUUUAGUUCCGUUUGUUGUUGAUAUGGUGUUAGAGCUGUUGAAUGAAGUGCAGCGAAAUAAAUAUAUGAAAUUAUUCUGACCGGUUAUUUGUACAAAAUUUAUUUUUCGUGCGCGAUAAAAGAACUCAGUGAUAUUAUUAUCAUCACGGUGACUAAGCGACAGUACAAGUGGCCACGAUGCUGCGAUAAUCCGGACACUGUCGUUAGGUGACGCGUUGAGGGAAAAGCCGGGAUGUGGAGAGCGACUCGAGUCAGUUGUGCGGAGAUAGCCGUUAAGAAGGACGGCUCAUUGUGAAAACGAAUGGAUUCAGGAUGGAUUACUCGGCCCGUGUGCCUUCUACUUAUUUUUGUAAUGGCCUUUCCUCACCUCAUUACCUCCUACAGUAUUGGUGUAGGUAUUGCUGAUUCAACAGGACCUGUUGCUGAAAUUGUUUUUAUGGGAUAUGCGAAAAUGGACCAAAAGGGUACAGGCCUUCACCUUCGCACUUUUGCUCGUAGUUUCAUAAUUGACGAUGGAAUUGAAAGAUUUGUAUUCGUUAGUGUGGAAAGUGCGAUGAUUGGUCAUGACGUGCGCUCCGCUGUGAUAGCUCAACUAAAAAAAAAAUAUGGUGAUCUUUAUACAGAUGAAAAUGUUAUGAUAAGUGCAACCCACACGCACUCGAGUCCUGGAGGGUGUAAUUUAUACACUCUUUUCGAUCUCACCACAUUUGGAUUCAUAAAGCAAAGCUUUUGGGCUAUCAUUAACGGAAUUACAAAGAGUAUUGAACGGGCGCAUGAUGCCGUGGUCCCUGGAAAGAUUUUUGUGAGCCUAGGGGAGAUUUUGAAUGCAAACAUCAACAGAAGCCCUCAGGCGUAUUUGAAUAACCCCCAGACUGAGAGAGAUAAAUACAAAUACAAUGUAGAUAAGAUGAUGACUCAGCUACAAUUUGUAGCAGAAGACAGCAGUCCUCUGGGGGUCAUUAACUGGUUUGCAGUGCAUCCAACCAGCAUGAACAAUACUAAUCGCCUCGUCUCCAGUGACAACGUUGGCUACGCAGCUCUUUUAUUCGAAGAGCACAUGAAUAAAAAUUCGAUGCCGGGAAAGGGGAAAUUUGUAGCGGCUUUUGCGUCGAGUAACUUGGGUGACGUCUCCCCCAACACGCAAGGGCCGAAGUGCGAAUAUUCGGGGAAGAAAUGUUCAGAGCAAUACACCUGUCCUGGUAAAAAGGAAAUGUGUUUUGCGUCAGGACCAGGAAAGGACAUGUUUGAAAGUACCAGCAUAAUCGCUAGGAAACUUUUUGCCGAAGCAAUCAAUAUUUGGCAAAGGGAGCCAACCUUGGCACUGAAAGGUUCCGUGAGAGUAGUUCAUCGGUAUGUGAGCAUGCCGGGACAAAAAGGACAAUUCUACAACGAGACGACAGGACAAACAGAGGAGGUGGAGGCCUGCCUACCAGCUAUGGGUUACAGUUUUGCAGCUGGUACGACCGAUGGACCUGGCUCGUUCGCUUUUGAACAAGGUACAACGACAACGAAUCCUGUAUGGAACGCUGUUAGGAACUUCGUUGCUGCACCCACUAAGGAGGACAUCAAGUGUCAUGGAGCUAAGCCCAUACUAUUGGCAACUGGAAGGAUGCGACUACCCUAUCAAUGGCAACCAAAGAUAGUGUCCACCCACCUCGUCGCAAUCGGUAACUUUUUAAUAGCAGGCGUGCCUGGUGAAUUCACGACCAUGUCGGGCAGAAGAAUGCGCGAGACGAUUGCAUCUACUGUGAUGGAAAGUACCCACGUUAAACCUAUAGUUGUUAUUGCUGGGCUUUGCAACACGUACAGUGAUUAUAUUGCUACUCCCGAGGAAUAUGAGAUUCAAAGGUAUGAAGGUGCCUCGACUAUCUUUGGACCCCAUACAUUGACGAUUUAUCUCCAAAAAUAUCGUGAAUUGGCCCUGGCAGUAAUUAAUGGUAGCAAAUUGGAGCCCGGACCCUCACCACCGGACAUGACAACUAAAAAUUUAAUAAGCCUUCAAACACCCGUGAUUUAUGAUACGCCAAGGUGGGGACACGAUUUUGGCGAUUGUCUGAAGCAACCCGAAGAGAUAGUUCGUCCCGGACAGACAGUUUCAGCGAUUUUUGUAUCAGGGCAUCCCCGAAAUAAUCUUAUGACGGAUUCAAGUUUUCUUACUGUCGAAAGAAUCGACAAUAACGGAAAUUGGAUUGAAGUUGCCACUGAUGGAAAUUGGGAAACUAGAUUUUAUUGGGCACGUACGUCGUCAAUUCUCGGCACUAGUCAAGUGGAAAUCACAUGGGAUAUUCCCUUGGAUGUAUUACCUGGCAAAUAUCGAAUUCGGCAUAAUGGAUAUUAUCGGUAUAUAUUAGGUGGGGUAUUCCAUUACCGAGGAUUCAGUGAUAUAUUUGAAGUUCAAACCGCCCCGGAGUCAUGAUGAUAAUUCACAUCUAAUUGAGUCACAUCAGUCCGAAAUACCACGACGUACAACGAAUUUUCUCCCGUUCCUUCAUUAGGUAUAAUUCAUCGUCUCUCUGUCUCUCUAUUAAUGACGUACAGCGGAGGGCAUUCAAGCCAAUCUGUGCCAUACAAUAAACAAUAGUGUCAACAAUAAUGAGUAAUUAAAACUGAUAUAAAAUUUCAA